UCUUUUCUAACUGAGUUUGAAAUUCUAAAUAUAUAGCUUUUUAUACGAUGGGGGGAAGUUCAAUUUCAAUCGAUGACGAUUGGGAAUUCGCUGCUCCUUUGAAUGGUCUUCGAACUCUGGUUUUGGUUGGAACGACAGGGAAUGGAAAAAGCACAACUGGGAAUAGCAUCCUUGGGAAGGAGUUCCUAUCAAGGGCAAGCUCAGCUGGUGUAACCAGUACUUCUGAGCUCAGGACUGUUGUACUCAAAGAUGGCCAGAUGCUUAAUGUCAUCGAUAUUCCUGGACUCUUUGAUUCUUCUGUUGAUACUGAAUUUAUUGGGAUGGAGAUUGUUAAAUGUAUCAAUAUGGCCAGGGAGGGUAUACAUGUUGUUCUUGUUGUCCUUUCAGUCAGGAAUCGUUUUUCAAAAGAAGAAGUUGCAAUUAAUGGCUUGAGGGUUUUGUUUGGUAACAAAAUCAAUGAUUAUAUGAUAGUGGUUUUUACUGGUGGUGAUGAACUUGAAGAAAACGAACAGACUUUGGGAGAUUUCUUACAAGACUGUCCUCUACUAAGUCGGAGGAGGAGAUGUCAUCGUCUGAAAUCUUUGAGCUUCCUUUGA